UAACCUCUGUCUCUCUCAGGGUCGCCAUGUGAAGACAGGCCAGCUGGCUGCUAUCAAGGUGAUGGACGUGACGGAGGAGGAAGAGGAGGAGAUCAAGCAGGAGAUCAACAUGCUGAAGAAAUACAGUCAUCACCGCAACAUCGCCACCUACUACGGCGCCUUUGUCAAGAAGAGCCCCCCUGGUCACGAUGACCAGCUCUGGCUGGUGAUGGAGUUCUGUGGCGCCGGCUCGGUCACAGACCUGGUCAAGAACACCAAGGGCAACUCCCUGAAGGAGGACUGGAUCGCCUACAUCUGCCGCGAGAUCCUGCGGGGCCUGUCUCACCUCCACGCCCACAAGGUCAUCCACAGGGACAUCAAGGGCCAGAAUGUCCUGCUGACCGAGAAUGCUGAGGUCAAGUUGGUGGAUUUCGGCGUGAGCGCGCAGCUGGACCGGACUGUGGGCCGGCGGAACACCUUCAUCGGCACACCUUACUGGAUGGCUCCGGAGGUCAUCGCCUGUGACGAAAACCCAGACUCCACGUAUGACUACAGGAGUGACAUCUGGUCUUUGGGAAUCACGGCGAUAGAAAUGGCGGAGGGAGCCCCACGUGAGUACUCACAGACUGCCCACAGAGAUGACCGAUUUGGCUUUUUCUUCCACUGGAGCACAGACUGUCUGAACUCCAUCCUGAACGUGCCGGGUGAGUCGACGCUGCGCCGUGACUUCCUGCGGCUGCAGCAGGAGAACAAGGAGCGCUCCGAGGCCCUGAAGAGGCAGCAGGCCCAGCUGGCCGCCCAGCGCCGCGACCCCGAGGAGCACAAGCGCCAGCUGCUGCACGACCGGCAGAAACGGAUCGAGGAGCAGAAGGAGCAGAGGCGCCGGCUGGAGGAGCAACAGAGGAAGGAGCGGGAGCUGGUGAAGCAGCAGGAGAAGGGGCCGCACCGCCGGCUGGAGGAACUGAGGAGGGAAGAGGACCGCAGGAUGGCGGAGAGAGAGCAGGAAUUCAUAAGGCAUAAGUUAGAGGAGGAGCAGCGACAAUUAGAAAUACUCCAGCAGCAGCUACUGCAGGAACAGGCUCUGCUCAUGGAGUACAAGCGCAAGCAGCUGGAGGAGCAGCGGCAGUCGGAGAGGCUGCAGAGGCAGCUGCAGCAGGAGCACGCCUACCUGGUCUCUCUGCAGCAACAGCAGCAGCAACAGCAGCAGCAGCAGCAGCAGCAGCAGGACAAGAAGCCCCAGCUGUACCACUACAGCAAGGGCCUGGAGCCCAACAACAAGCCUGCCUGGGCCCGAGAGGUGGAGGAGCGCUCAAAGCUGAACCGGCAGAACUCACCCAAGAUGGGCACCACUGUCUCUGACACAGCCCUCCAGUCGCGCUCCGAGUCCAUCAGCCAAUCAGGAGCCUCCCAGGCAGCGCAGACCCCGCCCAUGCAGAGGCCCGUCGAGCCGCAGGGCAGCCAGAGCAAGUUCCAGAUGGCUCACCUGGUCCCGCUGAAACCCUAUGCGGCCCCUGUCCCUCGCUCCCAGUCUCUCUGUGACCAGCCCACUAAGACCAUGUCUGCCUUCCCCACCCAGGACCCCUCCCCUGGCCCAUCCCCCAGCCCCGCCCCCCGUGCUCUCCCCUGCAGGGAAUUGGUGCGCCAGAAUUCAGACCCCACCUCCGAGAGCCCCGCCCCCCAGCCCAGACCAAUCAGAGAUGACAGAGGACCCUGGAUCCGCAUGCAGGAGGCGGAGCAGCCUCCCAAGGUGCCCCAGAGAACCACCUCUAUUGCAGCGGCCCUCAACACCAACCUGUCCUCUGGAAUCCGACACCCUGUCCGGGCCAGCAAUCCUGACCUGCGGAGGAAUGAUGGCUGGGACCGUGGGGACAGCGUGAGCUCCGUCUCCAACCUCCCUCAGACAGGCUCUCUGGAGCGGCACCGGAUCAUGGGUCCCUCCAAGAUUGACGCCUCUCCCAUCCUGUCCCAGGACAACCGACACAAGCCAGGGGAGUCGCGGACUGCCUCCCGGCCCAGUCGUCCUGCGAGCUAUAAAAGAGCAAUAGGAGAGGACCACGGCCUGUUCUCCAAGGAGCGUCCUGAGGAGCCCCCACGUCCCCCCGCCAAGGCCAUGGACUACUCCUCUUCUAGCGAGGACAGCGACAGCGUGGUGAAGGCUGUGGUGCGCAGCGUGGUGAAGGCUGUGGUGCGCAGCGUGGUGAAGGCUGUGGUGCGCAGCGUGGUGAAGGCUGUGGUGUUGUGUGUUGUACAGACCCCUGAGGAGAAGCGCAAUCACAAUGGCUACACCAACCUCCCAGAUGUUGUGCAGCCUUCCCACUCCCCCACUGACCCCACCAGUCAGGGCUCUUCUCCCGGCAAGGACAGCGCUUACGAUUAUCAGUCCCGUGGAUUGGUUAAGGCCCCAGGAAAGGCCUCCUUCACGACCUUUGUUAACCUUGGGAUGUACCAACCACAGGGGGGGCCAGGAGAAUCCAUCUCUGUGGCAGGCUUUGUGGGCAGCGAGAGCUCCCGGUUCGAGCAGUUGAAGCUGGAGGUCAGGAAGGGGUCGGUGGUAAACGUGAACCCCGCCAACACGCGUCCCCACAGCGACACCCCCGAGAUCCGCAAGUACAAGAAGAGGUUCAACUCCGAGAUCCUGUGUGCUGCUCUGUGGGGGGUCAAUCUGCUGGUGGGCACGGAGAACGGGCUGAAGCUGCUGGACCGCAGCGGCCAGGGGAAGGUCUACGGCCUCAUCAACAGUCGCCGCUUCCAGCAGAUGGACGUCCUGGAGGGGCUGAACCUGCUCAUCACCAUCUCCGGAAAGAAGAACAAGCUGAGGGUCUACUAUCUCUCCUGGCUGCGCAACAAGAUCCUGCACAACGACCCAGAGGUGGAGAAGAAGCAGGGCUGGACCACAGUGGGAGUAAAAUAUGAGAGGAUCAAGUUCCUGGUGAUUGCUCUGAAGAACUCAGUAGAGGUAUAUGCCUGGGCACCCAAACCCUAUCACAAGUUCAUGGCUUUCAAGCUCUCUCAGAUCCAGAGCCAGGUGACUCCUCAUGCCAUAGUGUUCCUACCCAGCUCAGAGGGCAUGGAGAUGCUGCUGUGCUAUGAGGACGAGGGUGUCUACGUCAACACUUAUGGCCGCAUCAUCAAGGAUGUGGUGCUUCAGUGGGGGGAAAUGCCCACCUCUGUUGCCUAUAUCUGCUCCAAUCAGAUCAUGGGCUGGGGCGAGAAGGCCAUUGAGAUCCGCUCGGUGGAGACCGGCCACCUGGACGGAGUCUUCAUGCACAAGAGAGCCCAAAGACUCAAGUUCCUGUGUGAGAGGAAUGACAAGGUGUUCUUUGCCUCAGUGCGCUCUGGAGGCAGCAGCCAGGUUUACUUCAUGACCCUGAACAGGAACUGCAUCAUGAACUGGUGAACGGACACGGCCGUCUGUCCCUGUCUGUCUGCCUGCCUGCCUGACGGCCUGCCAGCAGGGUCCCGUACAGACUCUGGCUCAGACAUGGAGGCAGGGAUGGGGUUUGGGUGACGGGGGGGAUGGGGGGUGUUCAAGAUUUCUCUUUGUGUGUCCUACGGGGGGGAUCCCCAAUUUGUUUGUAAAAUAGUGAGAGUGUGAGGGGGACGCAGGCAGUUGAGAGCACCAAGAGCUGCAGACAGACUGGAUAAUUCUGGACUUUCAUUCCUGAACUAUACAACAGAUUUGCUAAUUGUUGUCUUAAUUGGACGAUCGACACAAAGAGUUGACAUCCUGUAAAAACUGACACAAUUAAUUGAUUAAUUGUAUCGAUGGAAGACCCAGGACAGGCUGUCAGAAUGCAGCAUAGGAUGUCCCGGUGAGUGAAACUGUUGUGUCUCAGAGCUCAGGAAGGAGAGGGCAGGUCCAGCUGUUCUCUCUGUCGCCCCCCUGUGGUAAGGAGUGUACCUGCGCUGCUGUAAAUAACUGGCUGAGGAGGUGUGCCGUCUCUCGGUCUCUUGCUUGACCGGCUGGUCAGUAUUUUUUUCUUUUUUUGUAGGGAGAUAAGUGGGUUGAGGAGCAGUAAUAACCAUUAAGGGUGGUUCAGUCCAAAACCGAAAGCGAUUCCAGUUUGCUUCAUUCCCAAUUCAUAGAGUAACAUUUAAACAUAUUGAGUCAAAGCUGUAUUUUUUGUAUUUAAACUAUCUUUACUUAGAUGUGGUUUCAUUUUGCUCUGCCUUCUCCUGUUGCAAUUGCUCCCUAACUAUCUCUCGCUCUGCCCCCGAAUAUAUUUUUACAUUUUGCUUUUUUCUUCCUGAAGGAAUUUGAAUGCGGUGUCGGCUGUUAUUUUUUUAUCUGAUUUUCAGGCGGUUCGGUCUGCUUGCUGUUAUUAAUAUUGCUGUCAGCUGGGGUUUCUGUUUUUGCUUGGUGUUGAUUUCCAGUUUUUGGGGUGGCUGUCUGCUCUGUUGGAGGAGGGGGGAUGGAAGAGGAGAGGGACCCCACUCUUCCAGGUGUUCCUGUGUCUCUUCCUCCCAACACUUUCUUUCUCUGUCCUGUACUUCCUUCUCUGUCCCUCCCCCAUCGUGUCACUUUUCUCUCUUCCCCCUCUGCCUGUCUGCACUGCUCUCUGCCUGUCUCCUUCUCCCUCUGUUUCUCUCUCUGUCAGCACU